AUGAUUGUUCGAUUCCAGACGGUCGCCUUUCUGCUGGCCGUCAUCUCGUCAACAAACGGCCUCCAGUCUUCUGAUAUUCCGCCCGAUACACCCGUCUCCUCGCUGCUUUCCUCUGCAAAGACACAUCUUGCCAGCGGCUCCGCCGAAAAUGCGCUCCUUUACUUCAACGCUGCCAUCGACAAGGAUCCGUCCAACUAUUUGUCCAUCUUUCAGCGCGGAGCUGCCUACCUUUCUCUCGGAAGGCACUCUCGUGCCGCAGAUGAUUUCAACAGGGUUCUCAAGCUCAAGCCGGGCUUUGAGGGAGCACUCUUGCAGCGUGGAAAGCUACGGAUGAGAUCUGGCAACUGGGCCGGGGCUAAGGAAGACCUUGAGGCUGCGGGCAAGCCGGGCGAGGGCGAUCUCGUUCAGCUGCAUGAAGCCCAAGUUGCUGCACUGGCGGCAGAGGACGCAGAAAAGAAACAGGACUGGGAAGCAUGCGUCGCUCAAUCGAAUAUCGCCAUUAUGAAGGCCAUGGGCUCUACCGAGCUUCGGCGGAUACGAGGAAAGUGCCAUCUCGAGAGAGGAGAUAUUCAGGAGGGAAUCAAUGACCUGACCAGGCUUACACAGCUCUCUCCGAACAACGUUGACCCUUAUCUCCAGAUUUCGGCAAUGCUCUUUUACUCUCUGGCGGACACUGAGCGCGGAAUGGACCACAUUCGCAAGUGUCUUCACUCUGAUCCCGACUCCAAGAUUUGCAGCCGUUUGUUCAGGGGCGAGAAGAGAAAUUCGAAGCAGAUCAAGAAUCUCAACACGUUUUUGGAAACACGGAAAUUCCACAAAGCGGCUGAGCUUCUGGUUGGGACCAAGGGCGAGACUGGCUUGCUAGAGGAUAUCCAGCAGGAUGUCAAGUCUGCCCAAGAAGACGGAUAUAUUCACCCCAAGGCUCCCAAUGCUCUCUACCAUUCCUUAGUGGAGAAAACGUGUGAGACCUAUAGAACUGUAUGA